CCGUUUAAAACCGAAACCUGACCUGCGGGCUGCAGCAGCGUCCGCUCCAAAACGCAACGGUCGAAUCUCCUCGAAUUCGAAUUGCAGCCGGUGCCACCCACCUCACAUGGCGGCGGCGGAAGAGAUGAUGGCGGUGCUGGACAAGGAGACGCUGGCGCUGAUGGGUCUGGGCAACGCCGCCGCCGCGGUGGUUGCCGAGUGCGAGAAGUUCAAGGAGAACGCGAGGCCGCUCAAGCGCGGGCGCGACGUGUCCAAACUCAACCACGCGCUCAAGGCACACGCCGAUCCCGCCCAGCGCGCCACUCUUCUCGAAGCCCGAAAGAAGCUGAUUGAGGCAAUCUACGAGUACCAAGGCGAGGAUCCGCUCCAACCGUGGCUGGACUGCAUCAAGUGGGUGCAGGAGUAUUUUCCGACCGGCGGCGAGUGCUCAGGGUUGGUGGUGUUGUACGAGCAGUGCGUGCGGACCUUAUUGGACGACGAGCGCUACAAGGACGACCUCCGCUUCCUCAAAGUGUGGCUGGAAUACGCGGGGAACUGUGCUGAUGCUGAGGUAAUAUACAGGUUCCUGGAGGCCAACCAGAUUGGGCAGGGCCAUGCGAUCUACUACAUGUCUUACGCAUCGUUGCUGGAGUCAAAGAACAAGUUGAGGAAAGCUAAUGAGAUCUUUGACCUUGGUAUAGCUAGAAAAGCGAAGCCUCUGGAGAAGUUGGAAGCUGUAUACAGGGCAUUUCUUCGAAGAUCAAUCAAAAAGAGGGAACAAGAGCAGGAUGAUACAGUAGAUGAUGAUCUGCCAAAACGCAGUUUCGGGAAUAACUUGAAACGAGAUGAAAACAGAAAUCAGCAAGCAGGGAACUCCCACCUGGGGAGACCAAGGGCACUGCAGAGGCCGCUUUCAGUUUACAAAGAUGAAAGUCCAUUACCAAAUCAGGGCCUUGACAGAGUGAGGAGCAAAGAAAAUAACACAAGUUGGCGCGUCCUCGGAACACGAGCAGAACGGAACAAGGAAAAUAACAUGAUGCCUGCUAAAUGGACGUCUCACAAGAUUCCACAGAAGUUAGGAGCAAGAGGAGCGGUUCAAUCAACCCGAGCCAGUUGUUCCAUUGAAGUCUUCGUCGAGGAAGACUGCACACAGGAACCUGCUCGGCCGGUGCCAAAGAGCCCAAAUCCUUCUGUUCUGAAGCUCAGGCAAACAACAAGCAAAAGCCUUAAGAAGGAGACUGAAUUGCUCAAGGAGAACCCGCUGCGCAACUUCCCCCUGAGCAGGCUUAGGUAAUCAGCAUCUUGCUGGUUCUGAGAAACAUCUCGUACGUUAUGAUUUGGUCGUAUGUAUGGUUGCUGUGAGGUGUUGUGCCCAAAAAAGGCUUUAUUAGCCUCUAAAGCUUAGACGAGCAAUGUAUGCCUAUGGCAUUAUCCAAGUGAUGUAAGGCUGUGCAUUAUAUUGACACGGCGUGCUUAUUAUGAAUAGACCUGCAGAUCUCGUGCGUGCCUAUGUGAAUCUAGCCUCGCAAAAUAAUCUGCUUCUGCAAAUUCUAAUAGCUUGUUCUGUAACGAAAAUGCCUUUGGACUAAUAUCUAAUAGCGUCUCAUUCA